GGAUUGAGUGGGAAAUUGAAGGUCCUCACGCGCGCAUACGUGUAUACGUACAUCUUCUCGUGUUGCUGUCUCUCUCUCUCUCUCUCUCUCUCUGGGUUGGUGGAAGCUGUGAGUGAGAGUGACCGAGUCCUCUGUCCUCUCUUCUUCUUCUUCCACCUCGCACCUCACCUCACCUCUCUGGGUUGGGUUGGGUUGGGUUGUUGUUACCGUCACGGUGCAGCAAACAACAAACAAUCAGAUCGACACAGAUCCGGUGGCUGCCUCACCGGAUCUCCCCAUUCCUUCUUCUCCUCUUGCUCUCGACUCGACUGUACUGGACUGGACUGGAGUGGAAGCGAAGCAAAGCAAUCAUCUUGAUCUUGGAAGAGUGAUUGAUUGAUUGAUUGAUGGGGAAGAAGCCCAAGUGGCUGGGCGCCGUCAAGAAGGCAUUCAGCCCCGAAUCCAAGGACCAGCAGAAAUUGCAGAGGAGGUUGGCCGCCGCCGGCUCCAGCGCAGGCGCAGCCUACCCGCGGGAUCUGACGCCCUCCGCCUCCUACCUCGAGGCACGCGCCUCAGGCUCAGCUCCCCCGCCCGCCCUCCCCCGCUACCCCGACGACUUCCAAGAGGAGGAGCAUGAAAUUGAGCAUGUCGCCGCCGCGCCAGCGCCAGCGCCAGCCACGGAUGCGCCGCUACCUGCCCCUCCUGCCGCCGCACCACCACAGGUUCAGGCUGCCAUUGCGCCGGCUUCUUCCUCUUGUGUCAUGUCCAGGGAGCUCGCCGCCACCAAGAUCCAGACCGCCUUCCGAGGUCACCUGGCAAGAAGGGCGCUGCGGGCAUUGAAAGGCCUGGUCAGACUCAAGUCGCUGGUCCAAGGCCACUCCGUCAAGCGCCAGGCCACCAGCACGCUUCGCUGCAUGCAGACUCUGUCCCGGGUCCAGUCCAAGAUACGGACGAGGAGGAUCAAGAUGGCCGAGGAGAACCAGGCCCUUCAGCGCCAGCUCUUGUUGAACCAGGAACUAGAGACUCUCAGGAUGGGAGAUCAGUGGAAUACCAGCCUGCAGUCCAAGGAGCAAAUCGAGGCGAGCCUCGUGAGCAGGCAAGAGGCCGCGGCUAGAAGAGAACGGGCUCUCGCAUACGCAUUCUCCCACCAGUGGAAGAGCACCUCAAGGUCUGCCAACCCGAUGUUCGUGGACCCGAGUAACCCGCACUGGGGCUGGAGCUGGCUGGAGCGGUGGAUGGCGUCGAGGCCGUUCGACGGCCGCAACGGGGCGUCCGAGAAGGAGGGCAGCAGCGUCGACCGCACGUCGGUGCACAGCACCAGCCUGAGCAUGAACCUCGGAGAAGGUGAGACGGUCACAAAGGCGGACAACCAGGUGGUGGACUCUUUGAAGCCGAAUGAUGAUAAGCCGCCGCCGCUUUCGACUCCGAAGCCGUCCGGCCCUGCCCCCAGGCAGUCCCCGUCGACGCCCUCGCCGGCGCUGGCGAGGAAGAAGAGCGCGACGCCCAAGAGUGGAGACUGCGACGGCGACGACGCGAGGAGCGUGGUCAGCACUGUCCGGUCCGAGCGGCCCCGGAGGCACAGCAUCGGCGCGUCCAGCGUGCGUGACGACGCGGGCUCUUCCCCGUCGGUGCCGAGCUACAUGGCGGCCACCAAGUCGGCGUCGGCCAGGGCCAAGUCGCGUGUGCAGAGCCCGACGCUGACCGAGGGUGCUGCUCAAGCUGAGACGCUGGAGAAAGGAUGGUCUUCUGUGGGUUCAGCGAAGAAGCGGCUGUCCUUUCCGGCUGGGACGCCACCGCCGGUGCCGGCGGCGGCGGCGAGGCGGCACUCCGGGCCUCCCAAGGUGCGGCAGGCGGGCGUGGAAGGUGGUACGGAGGAACGGGACUCGUCCCUUGCGUGACAUCAUGGGAAGCAGAUUAUGGUGUGGAGCAGAGCAGAGCGGAAUUUGUUGCAUUUGUUGAGUGAAAGGAACGCAGAAUGUGUGUUGUGUGGAUCCAUUGGAUUUGAUUUGAUUUGUAUGAUGGCAGUAUUCCUAUUUGAUUAUUCAUUGAAUAAUAUAAGUAUCUGUAAUGAAGAUAAAAGGAGGGGACACGAACAUUAUUUCA